UCUACUGCUCCACCUUCAACAAGGUCCUGAGCGGGUCCCUCGUGGCGCUCUGCGGCGCCUUCUCCUCCUUCACCGACAGCUACGUCGGGAGCGACGGGCGCGUGUACUACGGCGUGGUGACGCGCCGGGGCCUCCACACCUUCUCCCCGGACCCCGACGCGGCGUCCCGGGACCUGUCGUCCGCGCCGCGCUGUCGCUGCUGGUGUUCGCCACCAUCGCGCUCCUGGACUCCGACACCGUGGCCUGCCUUACCCGGCGCUGGAGGUCAGCGAGCGCACCAUGAUGGCCGUGCUCCCCCGUCGUCGUCGGCGCCGCCGGGCAUCGGGUACCCGGCGCCAUCCGGCCAGCCUUGGCGGCCUCCCGCUUCUCGCCCGCCUCGACCUCAGCUUCAACAACCUCUUCGGCUCCAUCCCGGUCAGGCUAGCGCGGCUGCCCCGCCUCGUCGCACUCGACGUCAGGAACAACUCCCUCACCGGCAGCGUCCCCGCCGAACUGGCGGCGAAGUUUCAGGCCGGCUUCCAGUACGGAAACGACCUGUGCGGCGCCGGCCUGCCGGCGCUCUGCCGGUGCUCCGCCCGGACCUCAUCGACCCGGACAGGCCGCAGCCCUUCAGCGCCGGCAUCUCGCCGCAAGUCACGGCCCCCUAUUCGCGGCCACGGUGGUCGGCCCUAUGCUGGCAGGGGGGGAGGGGGGGACAAAGGGUGCGUUGAUUGGGAGUCAAACUGAACUCGAACGAAUUCGGUCCUAUGGGUUAGGUUGGACCUAAAGCGAAUGUUGCUUAA